CCUCUGCUUCUGCCAUGGAGUGUGUGAGAGGUGAGACGUUGGAGAUGCCGGCUCUGGGCCGUCCCUUUGAACUGGGCAUGUUGUACGACGCCAGAGCAGACAAACUGGUGCCAGGCAUGACGCUGUGGGACCAUGAGAAGCUGCAGCAGGACAUGACAGAGACGCUGAAGCCCAACAGUGAGUUUGAGAUGUUGGCGUCAGACUCCAUUUCAGAUAAGUCCGCUUCUCUGGGUGUGGACGCCGCACUCAAGGCCAGUUUCUUUAGUGGCCUCAUCGCGGUCGACGGCUCUGCUAAAUACCUGAAGGACACAAAGACCUCCAAACAGCAGGCCAGAGUCACUCUGCAGUACAAAACCACCACAUGCUUCAGAGCACUGACCAUGAACCAGCUCGGAGCAGGAAACAUCAUGCACCCAGACGUGUUUGAGAAGGGGCUGGCCACACACGUUGUCACCGCCAUUCUGUACGGUGCUCAGGCCUUCUUUGUGUUCGACCGAGAGGUGUCUGACUCUGAGAAUCUCCAAGACAUUCAGGGAAACCUCCAGGUGAUCAUUAAGAAGAUCUCCAACAUCUCCAUUGAGGGGGAAGGAGCUCUGAAGAUGGAGGACAAGGACAAAGAAAAGGUCCAGAAAUUUUCUUGCAAAUUCCAUGGAGACUUCAGCCUGAGUCAGAACCCGAUCACGUUUGAAGACGCCAUGAAGGUUUACCAGGAUCUGCCCAAACUGCUCGGCCCAAACGGAGAGAAGGAGGUGCCGGUGAAAGUGUGGCUACUGCCCCUCACUUCGCUAGACUCUGCAGCAGCUCGCCUGGUGCGGCAGGUCAGUGUGGGGUUGGUGUUUGAGGUGGAGAGGACUCUGGAGCACUUAGAGGACUUGGACAUGAGGUGUCGAGAUGUUUUGAACAGCACAGAGUUAAAGCAGUUUCCUCAGAUAGUCACGAAGAUCAGAACCUUCAUGGGCUUGUGCUCCGAGUUUAAGCUGGGACUGCAGGGCGUUCUGGCUCAGAGGCUGCCAUUAAUUCGCGGAGGAGGAGAGGAGGAGGCGGAGCUCGCCGAGAUACUCAGGAAAAGAGCUGCAUCUCCGUUCAGUCACAACUGUCUGAACCAGUGGGUGAGGUGUAAAGUCAAAGAGGCCAGACUCAUCAAAACCUUCUGUCACCUGAUGAAGAACACAGAGGUCCUCUCCUCUCAGGAUGACCUGGACGACAGGUCCAGUAAUGUGAAGAACACUGUGUGCUUCGUCUUCACCUCCCUGGAGACUGAGGAGCCCUAUCUCUCUGCCUUAAGUCAGUACUUAAAGGGCUCAGAACAGCUCAGCCCUCGGCCUAAAGACCUGGAGAUGGAGCAGUGGUACAGCGACAAAGACGUCCGAGAGGCCGUGAGGACCAAGGCCAAGCUCUUUGGAGAUUUUGCUGAGGCCAACGUUGACAACCAGGACGUUAAGUUUCUGGCAGUGGCUUUUAAGAAUGAGACCCAUAAAGGCUCAACCAUCUACCUUUACGAAGAAGGAUUUGAAGUCAGUGAUAACUUUGAGCCCCCUUCGAAGCCUGAGAACAUCAGUGUGGACGAUGUAACCCACAACAGUUUGACUCUGCACUUCAGCGCCCCCACAUGGGGGGCAGAGACGGUGAUGGGCUACAGGCUGGAGUACAGCGAUGGAGGAGAGUGGCAGCUGUCUGAGGCUAAGACGGGGUUAGUCAGAGUGAGCGCCCUGAGCGCAGACACAGAGUACAGUUUCAGACUGAGAGCCGUCACUGCAGUGGGUCUGGGACCGGCCGCAGAACUCAAGUCCAUAAAAACGGCUCCUGAACCCGAGGGCCCCAAACGCCUCACGGAGGAGCUGAAGAAAACCUGUGAAGUUAUAGAAACCAAAGAAUCUCUGCAGAUACUGAAGCUUCCACUGACCAGAGAUAGUAUAGAAAUCCCAGGCUGCCAGCAGUUCAUCUACGGCACCGACUUCCCCGGGAAGAGUAACUGCACCAUAAUGCUGAUGGGCGCCACGGGAGCGGGCAAGUCUACCCUCAUCAACGGUAUGAUCAACUACAUCCUGGGCGUGCAGUGGACUGACCCCUACAGGUUCAAGCUGGUAGUGGAGGAGAAGAAGUCACAGGCUCAUAGUCAGACAUCGGAGGUGACGGUUUAUAAAAUCAACUUUGACGACGGCUUCAUGAUCGACUAUUCUCUGACCAUCAUCGACACGCCGGGCUUUGGAGACACUCGAGGCAUCGAGCGAGACCAACAGAUCACAGAGCAGAUCCGAAAACUCUUCUCCAACAACUUUGGGGUGAACGACAUUCACGCCGUGUGCUUUGUAGCUCAAUCUGCUCUUCCUCGCCUCAGCGCCACUCAGCGCUACGUGUUCGACUCCGUCCUCUCCAUCUUUGGGAAUGACGUGGCCGAGAACAUCCGGGUUCUGGUGACUUUCGCAGACGGACAGCUGCCUCCGGUUCUAGAGGCCAUCACAGUGGCAGGAGUCCCGUGCCCCAAAGCCGAUGACGGAAAACCCGCCCACUACAAGUUUAACAACUCGGCGCUGUUUGCAGAGAACCAGAGUUCUGUGGUGGGGUUCGAUGAGAUGUUCUGGAACAUGGGGAAAGCCAGCAUGAGGAGCUUUUUUGAUGUCCUGCACAAGACUGAGCCCAAGAGUCUGACUCUGACCAAAGAGGUGCUGAGAGAGAGAAAGCAGCUAGAGGAAACUGUGGAAGAUCUACAGAGGAAAAUCAAAGUGGCGUUAGCCAAACAGGACGAGAUCAAACAGACUGAGGAACAGAUGAAAAAGCACGAGGCCGAGAUCGAGAGAAACAAGGACUUCAUGGUCCCACUCAAAGUCCUGAAGCCUGUUCAAGAAGACAUCUCAGGAACAGGAAACUACAUCACCAACUGCCAGAAGUGCAACCACACGUGCCAUUACCCAUGUACCAUUGCUGACGACAGCGCCAAGAAAGGCUGCGCCGCCAUGGAUCAGAACGGGUACUGCACAGAGUGCCCAGGAAAAUGCAUCUGGAGUGAUCAUUACAACCAGAAGUACAGAUGGGAGUACAAAGAAGUCAUCGAGGAGAAGACCGCAGAGGAGAUCAAGAAGAAGUACCUGAAGGGAACCAAGGACAAGAUGACUGUGCAGAACGUGAUCUCAAAACUGAAAAGGGAAUAUCAUCGGUUCAAGAACAUUGUUACUGACAUGGUCAAGGAAGCCACUAAGGCCAUAAACCGUCUGAAUCAGAUCGCGCUGAAGCCCAACCCCCUGUCCACUCCAGACUACAUCCACCUGCUCAUCGAACAUGAGAAGAAGCAGCGAGAGCCGGGCUGGAAGCAGAGGGUGAAGGCCCUGGAGGAGGAGAAGAAGAAGGCCGAACUGCUCACACAAGUCGGCACCGGGCAGGAGAUUCUGGGCCCUCACUGAGUCCUCGUCUCGUCCUCGUCUCGUCCUCGUCUCGUCCUCGUCUCGUCCUCGUCUCGUCCUCGUCUCGUCUUGUCCUCGUCUCGUCCUCGUCUCGUCCUCGUCUCGUCCUCGUCUCGUCCUCGUCUCGUCCUCGUCUCGUCCUCGUCGCUCGGACUUUGAAGACUUUGAUUUUAAGUUUUAUUUUGGAUCAGGAUGUUUCGUGUUGUUGCUUUAUUGUCUCUAAAACCUUCAAAUCAAGAAUAUUAAUCUAGAGGUGAUCAUUUUGUGUCCAGGAGACGACUGAUCAUUUGUUUUGAUUUGUUGUUUUGUGAUUUUUCGUUCUUAUUCUGUAAACUCUUUGAAUCACUGUGUUGAAUUGUGCUGGACAAACUCGUGGUGAGAAAGUGGAUUUAAAGAGCCACAUGACUCGAUUCUCUCACCUGAUGUUUCCUCACACAGACCUGGAGUUGUGUUUUGUUUCAUUCACAUGUUUAACACACAAACCUGCAGAUUUAUAACUGAAAACACUCUGUUCCACCUUGUGAUGUCAUCAUGUGGUGAUACAGGAAGUGCUCCACUGUGUUUUUAAACUCCACCUUCACUAGAAUCAUUUGGAUCAUUUACAAUCUACUGAACUAAAGGUAAAAGGAGCUGUUGAAAACUACCACUUGAUGACAUCACAAGGUGAAACGUUGCAUUUUGGUCUUUGUAGAUGUUACAGACUAAUAAUAAAGUGUGAAUCAAACAUGUGUGAAUGAAACAAAACACAACUCCAGUGUGUUUUUGUGUGAUAAAGGACCUUUAAACACACAGAGGAACAAUGCUAAUGCUAAUGCUAAUGCUACACAUUUACCAAAGAAGUGUUGUGUUUGUGAAUCCUGUUUUCACUGUGGCUAAUGCUAAUGCUAAUGCUCCUCAGAUGUUAAAUGUGUUUUUACUGUUUUACUGUUAAGAGCCACAGACACAGGAGUCGAGGCUCAUG